AUGACCGAGACCGUGGAAGAGUUGGUUCAACGUGCCAAGCUUGCCGAGCAAGCCGAGAGAUACGAUGACAUGGCCGCCGCCAUGAAGAAGGUCACCGAACAAGGACAAGAGCUUUCCAACGAAGAGCGUAACUUGCUCUCUGUUGCAUACAAAAACGUCGUUGGAGCUCGUCGUUCAUCGUGGCGAGUCAUCUCUUCCAUCGAGCAGAAGACCGAGGGAUCCGAGAAGAAGCAACAACUCGCUAAGGAGUACCGCAUCAAGGUCGAACAAGAGCUUAACGACAUCUGCCAGGAUGUUCUCAAACUCCUUGAUGAUUUCCUUAUCGUCAAAGCCGGAGCUGCCGAGUCCAAAGUCUUCUACCUGAAGAUGAAGGGAGAUUACUACAGAUACCUCGCUGAGGUUGCUUCCGAUGACCGUGCUGCCGUGGUCCAAAAAUCCCAAAACGCUUACCAGGAGGCCCUUGACAUCGCCAAGGAUAAGAUGCAGCCAACACACCCAAUUCGUCUGGGACUUGCCCUCAAUUUCUCAGUCUUCUUCUACGAGAUUUUGAACACUCCAGAACACGCCUGCCAACUCGCGAAGCAAGCUUUCGAUGACGCCAUUGCUGAGCUCGAUACUCUGAAUGAGGACUCGUACAAGGACUCUACCUUGAUCAUGCAACUUCUACGUGACAAUCUCACUCUCUGGACAUCGGAUGUUGGAGGAGACGAUCAAGAGCAGGAGGGAAAUCCAGAGGCUGGAAACUAA